GUGACACCGCGGCACUUACCAACUAUAUAAUAAACCGACGCCAGUAUUUAUGUUCAUUUUAAUAAACGUUACUGCAAAAUAAAGCGAUAACAAAUAUAAAGAUGUACCAGGUUACAGUAGUUCUUAUAGCUUUCACUUUGUUCUUACUGUAUUAUUUGUCAACGAGAAAAUUCAACUACUGGAAAAUAAGAGGUAUCCCUCACGAGACACCACUGCCGCUGUUCGGCAACUACCUGCAGUACAUAUGUCUGCGGCUGCCCAACUUCCUCGUGGCGCAGCGGCUGUGCGAGCGCUUCCCCGACGCGCCGCUAGUGGGCGCCUUCUACGGCACCCAGCCCGCUCUCCUUGUGCAAGAUCCUGACCUCGUGAGGCUCGUCACCACCAAAGACUUCUACUACUACAACAGCAGGGAGGUCGCCGACUACACCGCCCGGGAGGCGGUCACCCAAAACCUUUUCUUCACCUAUGGCGACAGAUGGAAAGUGAUUAGAAAUAAUUUAACUCCUCUUUUCACUUCUGCCAAAAUGAAGAACAUGUUUUAUUUGAUAGAGAAAUGCACACAGCAGUUGGAGACUCUGAUAGAGGGGGAAACGUCGGGGGCGGGCGGCGCCGAGCUGGACAUGCGGCAGCUGAUGGCGCGCUUCACAAUGGACUGCAUCGGCUCCUGCGCAUUCGGCGUUGAGACUAAUACUUUGGUCAAGAGCAACGAACCCAACCCCUAUCGGGUGAUGGGCGAUAAAAUUUUCGAGAAUUCAUUCGACCGGGGCUUCCGGCUGGUCUGUCGCGCGAUGUGGCCCUCCACUUUCUAUGCGCUGCGCUUCCGCGUCUUUCCCGAGGAAAUAAUAAAUUUCUUCAAGACGAUGCUGGUGAAAGUGUUCGAAGUGCGCGGGUACAAACCCACAAACAGGAACGACUUCAUUGAUCUCUUGCUAGAUUUGAAGCAGAACAACUACCUGGUAGGCGAGAGCGUCACCUCCUAUAAGAACGGGAAGGGGCAGCAGAUACGCCUCGAGCUGGACAACGAGACGAUGAGCGCGCAGUGUGUCGUAUUCUUCGCGGCGGGGUAUGAGACCUCGGCGACGACGCUGGCCUACACUCUGCAUAUGCUAGCCCGACACCCCGCUGCGCAGGACAGGGUAAUAGCUGAGGUGGAGGAGUUCCUGCGGCGACACAGUGGCCGCAUCCCCUACGAGUGUGUGCACGAGCUGCCGUACACAACGGCGUGCGUGCAGGAGACGCUGCGCUUGUUUCCCGUGCUGGGCGUGGUUACGCGAGAGCUGGUGGAAGACCACGUACUGCCCGGUGGUCUGCAGCUCGACCGUGGUCUGCGUAUACACAUCCCCGUCUAUCGUUUCCAUCACGAUCCUAAAUAUUUCCCGAAUCCAGAGGCUUUCGAUCCGGAGCGGUUCCUCGGUGAACGAAAGAAAACGAUAAAGCCCUACACCUACAUGCCCUUUGGGGAGGGACCCAGAAUAUGUAUAGGGAUGAGGUUCGCGUGGAUGCAGAUGCUGGCGGGGCUGGUAGCGGUGUUCCGGCGGCACGGUGUCAUGGCGGCGAGCGACACCCGCGACGCAGCGCACUUCCACUACGACCCCACUUCCAUUGUAACCCUUCCCACGCACCCCAUCAACCUCAAGCUAGUGCGCCGCAACGCCCAAGCAUCCCCAGUGCCCCAUCCUAAUCCGUCUUAGAUUUAAAUUGAUUUUCUGACGAAGUGGAGAGGCGCCAUGCUUUCUUGAUUCCUUUCGUGAACAUCACUGGAAGAAGAAGAAUAACAGAAAAUUAUGUCCCUGUACGAUGCCAGAAGGUUUGAUUAUACAGUAUAAACAAAACAAUAAGAAUGUAUUUCUGGUUGAAAC